AUGAAGCGCAGACGAGGCGGCGCCAAGUCGACCUCGCGCAGCCCUGAAAUGACCAAGCAAGCCACAUCGCCGGAAACGCGGUUACGCAGGUCCAGUACGCGAGCCGCUAGCCUGACGCCCUCGAAGCCGGCCAGGCGGCACCCGACUGAGGCUUUGCACAUGACGACGCGCGCUGCUGGCAAGGCCGCCUCCACUGCUGGCACUGACUCGCCUGCCGCCUCCGACGCCAGCGGCAGCCGUCGCAGCUCUCUGAAUGACUCCCACCCCCAGCCCGAUGCUGCUGCAAUUGACCAGACCCAACCUGCCCCCAGCACUGCCCACCCGUCCGAAUCGCCCUCGGACGAUGACGCCGAGCACCAGAGCCGCCAUGCAGACCGUGAUCCGAUGGAUGCAGAUGUGCCGGGUGCUCCCGACUCGGACACAUCGUCAGAGGAUCACGACCAGGAACCCCUGGAAACUUCCAAAAGCGGUAAUAAGAGAAAACGCUCCUCUGCCGGCCGCGACGACUACUUGCAGCCCCUUGCACACGCCAAUGGUGUGAACGGUACUUCCUCGCCCGACGAUGCCGGCCCGCCGCCGCCGUCUACCAACCACCCGAACCCGGAGCCGCCACGGAAGCGUGCCCGCGGAGGCUGGAGGGGCAGGGGUCGCGGCAGAGGCAGAGGCGGCCGAGGCGGACUGACCUUGUCCACCCAUGCAAGCUUUCACACGGAUGCAACCUCGACUCCGCCCUCUGCUGGCUUGCUGGACAGAGACCAUCUCUCCGACGACCAGCAGGCUGGCAGUGAACGCCCUACCAAGCAGCCCAAACGGCUGCCUGGCCGUCGGAGGGCCCCUAAUGCCGACCCAAGCGUCGAAGCCGACCUUCGUCGUCAAUUGCAACUGAAGACGGCAUAUCGUGCUGUCGUCAAGGUGCUGAAACCUGUCCUCGCUGAGCUUGCCGAUCGUGCCAUCAAUGAUGUCGAGGAUGAUCCCAUGGCUCACGAGCAGAGCGAUCAAUACGAAACCGUCAAGGCCGAUUUAGAUGCCAAACUCGCCGAUCGCGUAGGUUAUCUGGAUCGAAAGCUCGCCAUCUCAAAAGAACACGUUGAGCGCAGGAAGGCGGCAGAGCUGCAUAUUGCCGAGACGGCAUACCAUAACGUUUUCUUUAACAUCCAAGAGGACUAUCUCUUACGAUGCCAGUACGAGCUCCUGAAUAUUAUGCGGGAGGCUGAGAAGCAAGAACAAGAUGGUUACGCUACCGAAGAUGAGGACGGUCUCAUCCCUCGUCGACGCGGUAUGCAGUACAAAUGGCGAUCGACUGGCUUCCUCGACCCGAAAUCAGACUCACGCAGUAGGUUCUAUCUCGAAACAGAGAAGCUGUGGAGAGAUUACGAGCGUCGCGCUUUCUCAAGAAAAGAAAGGGACAGCUUCUUGGAGAAAAACCCGGAAGAAUUUGAUAAAGCUGCAGUCACGUCUCGAGAGAACUUUACCACAUACGAUGCAGAUCGUCGGGAUCACGCUUUGGCCAUCUACAACGCAAACGCCUUGGCUGACGCCGCCCAAGCGGUCGAGACGGGUAUCAAACCUGAGCCGGUCGUCAAGACGCUACCCAAUGAGGACGCCAUUGGUCUUCAAUUGCUCGUCUCUGCAAUUGAAAAUCCUCCGCCUCCGGCCCCUCUUCCUGCCAUGGUUGAGGAGCGGAAGAACGAGGAGCGCGUUACGCCUCGCAGUACGCCUGCGGCUGAGAUCAGUACUCCGAGGACGGGGAGCGGUCAACCCAGGUCUACCUCGACACCGAAGUCCACCCGAGGUCGUAGAGGGCGUGGGCAAUCGGCGAGGACCACCCCUAUCCAUGCGACUGCUCGAUCCAGAACUUCAACUCCCGCUCCCCUUGUCAUGGACGACGUGCUUGAACCACUCGAACCCGGCUCAGCCAUGUCGGCUUCCAUGUCAGCGGGAUUCGGGACUCGUGAUCCCAGCCCGCGGAGAGCGAUUAUCGACUCGAUUAAUCCAUACCUUCCCAAUGACAUGCGGCGGAUUGAUGCUCCAAUCAUCAAUGGUGCAGAGAGGCAGGCGAUGGCUGAGCCGCAGCCGCUAAGGCAGCCAAGCGUGUCCUCAAAUAGAAUCACGGAUCUUUUGAACAAGGGUGAUGAACCGCCCCCACAGAUGUCUACGUUCAUCUCAUCCGGUCCUGCAGUAUUGCCACCCGCGAUUCUGCAGCCACUGCCGCAGCCUUCGUCAACUCCAUCGGCUCCACUAUCCGAACCGCCUCGUCUAGCUGCACACUCUGGUCAGCCUUCUGAUUCUUCACAACCUGGUCUGACUGCUCAGCUCUCGCAGCCUGUCGAUCGUAGCGAACGUGCACAUGAGUCGUACAUGUCCACGCUCUCUGAGCCGGACAGGACGUUUGAUGUUGUUGGGACUGCGCAGCAGCGUCCGACCACUGCGCCAACAGAGGCGACGAGGCAGGAGGCGCCGCCUGCACGGAAGACGUUUUGGGAUACUAUCACAAUUGACAACAAAUCAAGGCCUACCAGUCCGUUGAACGCUGACAAGACGCCUUUGGCAAGGAUACGACAGAUUUUAAACCCUUCGAACUUUCCGCGCAGAGCCGACAGUCCCUCUGGGACCACUCCGCCCGCAACUGCGACCAGCAUCAAUGACCGGCUCUCUGAGCGGCCUGAAAUGGCGCCUCCAGCAUCGAGAGCAUCGGUCUCGAAUGAUGCUGCGAGCUCUCGACGGUCAUCUGGUGCAGCCAGUGUGCUUUCGCAGCCACCUGGUGCGCAGCCGGCGGCAGCGUCGCCGGUAGAGGCACCGAAGCGGUCCAACAGCCGUGACAAGGGCCUCGAGCAGCGGCAAAACAGAUGGAGGGCAGCGGUUCCCCCUCAACAUGGGCCAACGCCUCCAUUUAGGCCUGACUCGAAUCCUCCCCAGAACGCUUUUCUCAAGCACCAGGGCUGGACUGUCGAGUCGCAGAUGCGGCUUUCACAACAGUCGGCGGCUUCGCCGCCCCAGUCGUACCCCAACUACGCUCCUCCGUACGACGCUCGCGCCCAGCCACCCGGUGGCUAUCCGCCACCCGGCCACCUAGCAGUGCCGCCACCUCCAGUACCAGGUCCGUACAACUACAGCUACCCUCCACCUAACCCCCACCUUAGCGCCGUGCCAUUCUUCUCACCGCCUUUCAAUUGUCCACCAGGCCCUCCGCCAUACCAAUCCAUCUACGCACCGCCCCAGGGGUAUCCUCCCCCUCCGCCGGGGUACGGUGCUCCACCGCCACAGGGCGGCCCGCCGCCGCCAUCGCACCAGCAACCGGGGCCUCCGCCGCCACCGGGGCCUCCGCAAUCACACUACGCUCCGCAAUACGGCGGGCAACCGAUCUUGCCAGCCACGAUCGACCGACGCAGCAGUGGUGGUAAUCCUGGAGGGCAAGUCGGCAGCCCGUAUCCAGGUAGUCCUCCGGCUCACCACCCGCCGGCAUUCAGCCAGCAGCAGAGUCAGUACGGAGGCGGUGGUGCGAGUGGGCACAGUGAGAGGGGUGGCCGGGGUGGCCACGGCGGUAGAAGACGGUGGAAGAACACUGCGCCGGGGACAGAAUUUAGGCCCUACACGGGGCCGAAGAGGCAUUGA